AUGAAGCUUAAGAUCAACAAGGCGUGCGACCUUGGCUCCAUCUCCGUCCUCCCUCCCCGUAGGACCGGAGGGAGCGGCGGCGCAGGCGGGGCGGGUUCCUCCGCCGCGGCCGUGGCGGCGGGGUCGCAGCAGCAGCAGCGGUCGCAGCCGAUGUCGCAGCAGUCCUUCUCGCAGGGCGUUGUGGGGAGCGGCGGCGCGUCGUCGCUCCUGCACUCGCAAUCGCAGCUCUCGCAGGCCUCCCUCGACGAGAACCUCCUCAGCCUCCGCCUCGCCUCGCCCGCGCGCGAUCAGAGAUUCGGGUUACAUGACGACUCAUCAAAGAAGAUGACAUCUUUGCCUGUCAGCUCAGCUUCUUGUGUGCGAGAAGAAUCUCAGCUGCAACUGGCAAAAACAUCAGGCAACCCUGUCCAUCGAUGGAACCCUUCUCUUCCUGACGGCAGUGUUUUAACAGGUGUGGUUCCUACUGAGGAUGUUGAGCGCAAAUUUCAGCAUAUGGCAAGUUCGGUGCAUAAGGUAGGGAUGGUGCUCGAUUCAGUGCAAAACGACGUUAUGCAGUUAAACAGAGCCAUGAAGGAAGCCGCACUAGAUUCUGGAAGCAUACAGCAAAAGCUUGUUGUCCUAGACACUUUGCUGCAGAAAAAUCUUAAGGGACAAGAUGAUCUCAAAGCGCUUGUUGAGAGCAACACCAAAAGCAUCUCUGAUCAGCUGACUGUUCUGAACUCCCACUCCAACAAACUGGAUGAGAUAUCCUCAACCCUUUCAAUCUUGCCGAAACAAAUAGAAACAGAUUUAAAGCAACAGCAGAGUGACAUCAUCAGAAUUUUUAGAAAAGACAUCGAGGAGAUUGUUAGAGCUGUCAGAUCUCUCAACAGUAAGAUUGAUGCAAUCCAAAUGCCAACAGACCAGAGAUGCACAACCAAUGGAAGGCCCCUGAUGAACCAACUACCAUUCGAUAGAAAUGAAAGGCCCCAGGUGAACCAAACACCAGAGGUAACCCGGGUGAGCCAAACACCAGUAGCAAGUUUGGUGAACCAAACACCAGCAGCAAAUGGAAGGAACCUGGUGAGCCAAACACCAGUAGCAAAUGGGAAAACUCUGGUGAGCCAAACAUCAGUAGCAAAUGGAAGAUCCCUGAUGAGCCAAGUACCAGCAGCAAAUGGGAAACCUCUGACGAAAAGAACAUCAGUAGCAAAUGGAGGAUCCCUGAUGAGCCAAGUACCAGCAGCAAAUGGGAAACCUCUGACGAACCAAAUACCAGCACCAAAGGGAAGACCCAUGAUGAGGCAGAAAACAGCAGAAAGCGGAAGGCCCCAGAUGAACCAAAUACCUGUAGCAAGUGGAUGGACCUAUACAAACAAAAUACCCGCACCAGAAGUGCAUCCUGCGCCUUUGGUCUGCCCUGCAAAGGCAGCAGCAGACCAGGUAGACGACGGAAAACUGAAAGUGCUUCCCCAAAAGCUAACUGGUUCUAGAUCCAGGGUGACACCUAAACAGGAGGAAGCGGUGAGUACAAAGUUCAGCCGGGCAGCGGCAACUGAGAAGGUGGUGAUAUUCAUCGACGACUCUGACGAUGACAGCGACGUCCGUGCUUCUUCGUGCGUGAUCCUCAGGUCCUCGGGAUCAGGCAGCUUAGAUGCAGGUGCAGGUGAGAAGGAGUGCGACCUGAUGAAGGUGGGCGCGGAGGAGAGCCAGGAGAUCCUGCGGAGGGCCAGGAAGCGGAGGAGAAGAGAAAUGCAGACCAUUGUGGCCUGCAAUUGCAUGCCCCCUGAGGUUGGGUAG